GUCAUUUCAAUAACAUGAUACAGGUGUGUCCUUCCUGCACAUGCUCAGUCAGCGUGUGUGCAAACAUGCUGGAAUAGCCGGGAUGUCCUCGGUACUUGGUUCUGAUUCCCAGUAGAAAGUAUCACGGGUCUCAUGUGACGGGAUCGUCCUUUAAAGGGACGCUUCCAUCCGAUCCGACAGAACAAAGGGGCUCAUCAGUCCUCCCUGGCUCCCCCUCCUCACUGAUCUGCAAGGCAAUAAAGGUGACCGAGCCUUGGAGGUACCACAGAGCGCCACGCCUGAAACAGCACCAGCAGAACCAUGCCGGUUCCCAAGAAAGCAGGAAGAAAAGGAAGCAGCGCUGCAGAAGAGAAGCCACCGUACGAGCCAAAUAUACCUGAACCAACUACCAGAGCGGACUUCAUGAAAUACUGGUUCCCCAUCUCUCUGGACGACAAAACUGCACAGAAGCUGCUGUGGAUUUCUGAGGGCAGCUCCAAAGUAGCUCGAACGUCGGAUGCUGUCUGCCCGUAUCCCAACAGGCCUGAAAGAUACGACGACUCACCGCAGGUGCUCUGUAAGGAGGGCCUGGAGGGCUUCAGAGGCUACUGGGAGGUGGACUACGGCGGCUGGGUGGUGAUCGGGGUGGUGGCAGAGAGCGCGCCCCGCAAAGACCGGGGGGUGUCCUGCGGUCUGGGGGAGAACGAAGGCUCCUGGGGGGUCGGCUGGUCGGGCUCCUGCUACCAAGCCUGGCACAACGGCGACAACGUGGACGUCCAGCUGCCGUCCUCCUCCACCAUGGGGGUCUACGUGGACCAGCCGGCCGGCGUGGUCGCCUUCCUCUCGGUGGAGGGAGACUCUGAGAAGGAGGUGCGGCUGAUCCACAAGUUCAAAACCCAGUUCCAGGAGAAGGUUUUCCCCGGGUUCUGGAUCGGCACAAAUUCCUACUGUCUCAUCAGGAAAAGAGACGAGUGACAUUUAAAUGACGGAGCAGUAGUGCUGGUUUGGCAUCUUUGCAGUUUAUUCCUGGCGCUGCAUGAAAACACCUGCAGGCCUUUCUAGGGUUUUAUUUCAAUCGUUCUUUUUCUGUCGGCAUGAUUGCAGAACAUGGAGAUUUUUCUAAAAUGAUCUUCCUAGGUUUGAAAUGAUUGCAUAUUUUCACUGUUUGACAGGAUCUUUACUGAUAUUUGGCCUAGAGUCCCUCAGUAAGUCGCACUUUGACGGCUUAUUUCCUGAAGCCCUCUUCAAGCUGCCGGUAUAUUUCCUGCUGGAUAGUUAAUCUUUGCUCUUGGCAAAACUGGAUAAUUAAAGUCAUUUUUGUUGGUUUCUAGCCACAGACAUUGUGUUUAAUCAUGGCCUGUAAGCGUUUUAUUGGGCAGAGCUUUAGUGGGAACCUGCUUUGUUAUGGAUGGAUGGCUCCUUACCUCUGCAGGCUGAAUUCAGUCUGUUGGAGAGUGAAUGCGGCUAAAGGAACUGAAGGAAGUCACGUUUAGGUUAAGAUGAGGUUUUUCAGGUGGCCCUUCAUUAUUCCAUCAGACCCUGAGCAUGAUGAUGCCACCGCCGUGCUUGGCAGCUGGUACAACGUCCUUCGGGUUUGAAAGCCUCUCCAAAUGACUUAAAUGUUUCCCUGAACCAGAAAACAUUUAGCCACAAUGACAAGAAGUGUUUUUUUUUUUUU